CACAAAGGAUAAUGUACUGUUGCACUAAGUGCUACACGCGAGUCUGACAGCUACGAUUUAAUAUAAAACUUUAACGUGAAGCAGUCAGCUGUGGUUACGAAAUGGUGCAAGAGGUAAAGAAAAUGAAAAGAAAGAAUGCACAGAAAAAUGCGUCGCAGAAGGAACAGGCACUUGGAAAAGAAGAAGCAGGAGGCACACCAAAGAAAAAUACGAAACAAAAAGAGGAGAACAAGAUUCAAAGACCACCAGUCGACUUGAAAUAUGGACCUCCUGUAUCGUUUCCAUACCAGAGGGUAUGGUCUAGAAGCAUUUUAAUACUUGGGGUAUUGUUAAUAGUUUGGUACAAUGGUAAGCACGGCAGAGAGAUAUCUCUGGCAAAGCAGAAAGAUGUGCUAGUAAGUCGUUCGCAGAAUGUUGACUGUUCUGCAGAUUAUAUAGCCAAAUUAGAGACAUACCCUGGCUGUAUAUCAGAAAAAUGUGGCAGGUUUGUCACUGACAAGCUUGUCUCAGCAACAGAAGUUGAUGUUCUAUUAAAAUUAGCUAAAAGUGCGUUAAAUUUAGCUGGCUCAGAUGGUGGUGCUAGUACAUUGGAUCUUUAUUCUGGAGCUCUAUGUAAGGGCCAGGAAUUUACCAAUGUCUAUGAGCUAUCAAAAGCAAAGGAAAUAUUCAAUUCUGUGGAUUUAGCAAUAUACAGAGCAGUGAGAGAAAAGAUACAGCGUGCAGUGGCGGAAAACUUUGGUGUAGAUGUCGAAAAAAUAUAUUUAACUAAACCAACUUUUUUUUCGCGAAUGACUAAUAAGCCUGCACAGACUAUUUAUGAUGAAUAUUGGCAUCCACACGUCGAUAAGGAGACUUACGAAUCAUUUUAUUAUACAUCAUUGGUAUAUUUGAACGACUAUGACAAAGAUUUUGAAGGCGGUCGAUUCGUAUUUAUGGACAAGUACGUCAAUUCGACGAUAGAACCGAGAAAAGGUAGGGUAUCGAUCUUCACAUCAGGCAGUGAAAAUUUGCAUCUAGUCGAAAAAGUGAAGUCUGGCACUCGCUACGCCUUGACAAUAUCCUUCACAUGCGAUAAAAACUCCGCGAUAUCAGACACAUAUUUCAUCUAAAAUUUGCAAUAGCAUCUCUUGUCGAUUUGUACUUUGUGUCAUUUAUAAUUUCGUGUCAGUAUAAAAAGCUCAAAUCUUUUCGCUCGCGCGUUAAUCGGCACAAAUAUAAUUGCUGAUCUCGUUUUAAGUAAAAGGCAUUUAUAUAUGUAAAACUAUUUGUCUUAUUUCCUUAACCGAACAGUAUUUUCAACAGUAUUAAGAUUAAUAAAACAAAUAUUGUUUUUAUACGUGGUUUGUGUUUGGAAAUAGAAAUAUGAUCGUAGACGAGUUGAAUUAAAAUGCAAGUAUAUUGGAAUGAACAUUACAUCAACUAUACAAGGUGCUGUUUCGCAUAUUUCUAUAACGAUUAUUUUCUUUUACGUAAUAAUACGAUACGUAAGCGGAUACGAUGUUAGCAGAUAAUACACAUAGCGUGUUUAACGUCUUUUUCUCCAAGUUUGUCGAAAAUACAACAUUCUUGCUGAAAUGUUCGCAGACCUAGCCCCUUUCUCUUGUCAUUGUACCGAGAAUCUGUAACUAUUAACGGAAUGUGCAAUAUAUGAGAUUAUUAUA